ACCCCCCCCAGCCGCUGCCUCUCUCUCUCAUCGCAGCCGCUCCGCCGCCGCCGCGCUCCCCUUAUUCCAGCGCCGCCGCCGCCGUCGGUCACCUUGCUCCAGUCGGUUCUUCUUUUCCCAUCGAAGCACCCACCGCACGCCUCCAAAGGCCUUCUCCCCUUGUGCCCGCGUGCCUCUUCGAGCAACCCCUCCCGUGACCAAAUCCAACGACCGGACACCCAGCCGCCAGCGCCGGCCUCCGCCGUCCCUUACGCCGUCCCCGUCGGCCCCUCCUCUCCGUCGCUGCCCUGUUUGGCUGCCGCCGACCCGUCCAAGCCAGGACCCCAAAACCCGACCCGCCCUCCCCUUCCCAAACGUGUUUCUUGUUUUUUGUUUGGUCGACCGGUUCACACAGCCCGGCUCGACCAGACCGGUUCAUUAAAACCCGGUCCAACCACACCUGCAGCAACCUUUAAAAAAAAAAAAACACACAUUACUUAUUCUGUUUUGCAGGUUACAUGGCUACGUCCGCUUCAACCCCUGGCUCUCCGAACGGUGCCCCCACAAAUGACACCGCUACUACUGUGGUCACUCCACAUGACCCGCCGGCGUCUGCCAAGUCGGACUUUCAUCCGGCCCUUGCUGUCACCAAUAUCAAAAACAACAUUCCCUUCAAACUCGAGAUCGACAAGGACCAUUAUGCUAUGUGGGCUGAAUUGUUUGAAACUCAUGCUCACGCCACUCAAGUGCUCCACCACAUCAUUCCUCAAGCUGGCAUGGAGCCUCCUGCGCGCACCGAUGCUUCCUAUGCCCGGUGGGCCACUCUUGACUUUACUGUCAAACAAUGGAUUUAUUCCACCAUCUCCUUCGAUCUUCUCGCCACUGUUAUGGAGAAAGGUUCUACUGCUAUGGAUACUUGGAACCGUAUAGCUUCUCUGUUUGAGGACAAUCAGAACUCUCGUGCUGUCGCUCUCGACCAGGAUUUCAUCUCCACUCGCAUGGAGGAUUUUCCUAAUGUUUCGGCCUAUUGUCAACGUCUGAAACAUAUCUCUGAUCAGUUGAGGAAUGUUGGUGCCCCUGUUAGUGAUCAUCGUCUUGUUCUCCAGUUGGUCUCUGGUCUCACUGAGCCUUUCCGUGGUGUUGCCACCCUGAUCCGUCAGAGUGAGCCUUUGCCUCCUUUCCUCAAGGUCCGCUCCAUGUUGAUUCUAGAGGAAUCUGGUCUCGCCAGGAUGUCAGGUCCGGCCUCUCAGACUGCUUUGCACACCUCUGCUUCCCGUCCACCGGCCUCCGUUGACUCCUCUCAGCAGCGCCCCACCUACCGCAGCGAUCAGGGCCACUCCAACCAUCGUUAUGGGUCAGGGCAAAAUCGCAAUUAUCAGGGUGGUUCUGGUAAACCUAGGAAGAAAGGUGGCUCCCGUUAUCCUGGAUCACCUGGCUCCUCUGGUUCCUCUACUGCAUCUCCUCCACCCUGGCGCCCACCACCGCUGGCAUCCUGGAAUCCAUGGGGUUGGGCUCCUCCCCCUGGUUGGGCUCCUUCCCCUUGGGGCAUGCCUCCUUGUCCUUACCCCACAUCUCAGUGGUCGCGUCCCAUGGGUGUUCCGCAGCAACCCGGCGUUUUAGGUCCGCGUCCUCAGGCCUACACCGCUACUGCUUCUCCAGCACCCACUGAUAUCGCUGCUGCCAUGCACACCAUGUCCUUGACUCCUCCAGACACCACGUGGUACAUGGACACUGGCGCCUCGUCCCAUACUGCGGCAUCUCAAGACGGGGAUGCCUCUCCUGAGAUGUAACAGCCUCGGCGACCUCUACCCAGUCACUCGUUCCUCUCCCUUUGCUGGUCUUGCUUCUAGUGUCUGGCACAAUCGACUUGGUCAUCCAGCUUCCUCAGCUUUAAAC